AUGGAAAGUAAGAUGCAAACUCUUCUCUCCACGAUUCUAGUAGUGUAUACUUUGUGUGCCACUAUUUUAGUGAAGCCGGGGCUGGCUCAACUCCCUACCAUUCCUGUAUUUUCUACUCCCGGCUCCCCAAUUGAUCUCGCAAAAUGUUGGUCAUCGCUUCUCAGCAUUCAAGGUUGUGAAAUUGAAAUCUUCAAAUCUGCUUUAACCGGUAAGUUUGAAAAUGUUGGAUCGACAUGCUGCAAGGCGUUUACGGCAAUUGAUGCAAAGUGUUGGCCAAAAAUGUUUCCAUUGAAUCCGUUCUUCCCUCCUCUUCUGAAGGAUGGUUGCUCUCGCAUCAAAGCAGCUGCUCCCUCACUUGCAACAUCUAAACUCUCUAUUAUUCCUGGAUUUUCUCUUCCUGGUUCUCCGGUUGAUAUCACAAAAUGUUGGUCAUCACUCUCUAGUGUCGAAGGUUGUGUGGCUGAGAUAUUCAAAUCAGUAUUUACAGGAAAGUUUGGUACUGUUGGACCAAUGUGUUGCAAAGCGUUUUCGGACAUAGAUUCAAAGUGUUGGCCACAUAUGUUUCCGCUAAAUCCGUUCUUCCCUCCUCUUCUCAAAGAUAGUUGCUCUCGCAUCAAAGCAGUUGCUCCUACACACAAGUAAUGAAGUAGUUAUGGGCUUUUUAUAUCAGAAUGCAUAAUUAAAUUAGGCUUAUAAUAGCUUCUAGUUCCAAUAUUCAAGAAGAGUUUCUUUAUUCUAACCAGUCAGGGAAAAUAUUGUUCACAUCACAUGCAUGUAUUGUUAUCUACACAAU